AUGGCCAUACAAAGGCAUAUCUUCCAAAUCAACAUCAUCUUCAUCCUCUCUUUUAUUUCAUCCUACGCCAGCCUUCAUGAUGGCCCACCUUAUAAUAAAUACCUUCAACAAGAAUCUGGCUAUGACUUUGAAGCUUACCCUUCAUAUUACAGCACCAUUGAAGACACCAAGUUUAAGAACUCGGCCAAGCUCCAAACUAGAAUCUAUGGUUUCAAGACGUUUCAGAGACUCGCAGCUUCCGCUAACACAAUCAAUGUAGAUGAUUUUGGAGCCAAAGGUGAUGGUACUCAUGAUGACACACAGGCAUUUCAGAAGGCUUGGCAAAAAGCUUGUUCAUCAACAGGAGCUGCAUUUGUGGUGCCGCAGAAAAAGAACUAUCUUCUUAAGCCAAUUAGAUUCUCUGGCCCUUGCAAAUCUAAGCUUACUAUGCAGAUUUAUGGAACCAUUAAAGCAUCUAGUGAUCGAUCAGACUACAACACACAAGGCAAUCACUGGCUUAUAUUUGAUAGUGUCCAGAAUCUAAUAGUUCAAGGAGGUGGAAUUAUCAAUGGCAAUGGGAAGAUAUGGUGGCAAAAUUCCUGCAAAAUCAAUAAAGCUCUUCCAUGCAAGGAUGCACCAACGGCUUUAACCUUCUAUAAUGGCAACAAUUUGAUUGUGAAGAACCUAAAGAUCCAAGAUGCACAACAAAUUCAUGUUUCUUUUGAGAAAUGUGUGAAUGUCCAAGCUUCCAAUCUAGAGGUGAUCGCACCUGAGAUGAGCCCCAACACUGAUGGAAUUCAUGUCACAGACACCCAAAAUAUCCAGAUUUCUAACUGUGUUAUAGGAACAGGGGAUGAUUGUAUUUCAAUUGUGGGUGGAUCCCAAAAAGUGCAGGCUACGGGUAUAACUUGCGGACCAGGUCAUGGAAUCAGUAUCGGAAGCUUAGGAUCCGGAAAUUCAAAAGAGUCUGUUUCUGAUGUAACGGUGAACGGAGCUACGCUUUAUGGAACAACAAACGGAGUAAGGAUCAAGACAUGGCCGGGUGGGUCUGGAAGUGCAAGCAACAUAAAAUUUCAGAACAUUAACAUGCACGAUGUUAUGAACCCCAUAAUCAUAGACCAAAACUAUUGUGAUCAAGCCAAAUCUUGUACACAAAAGAGCUCAGCUGUUCAAGUGAAAAAUGUGGUUUACCAGAACAUUAAAGGAACAAGUGCUUCUGAUGUGGCUAUGACAUUUGACUGCAGUAAGAGCUUUCCUUGUCAAGGGAUUGCGGUGCAGAACAUCAACAUAGCAAAAGCUGGAGGUGGAGCAGCAAAAGCUCUAUGCAACAAUGUCAAUUUGCAGAAAAUAGGAACUAUUUUGCCACAUUGCCCUUGA